GUCAAUUCCCCAGCCUCAGGUCCAGGACUCAGGAGCAUUGCUUUGGCCCUGGGCGCAUCUGGCAUGGCAUGGGCAGCCUCGAUCUCUGAAAGUGGCCCAUUCCUGCUUUGAUGAAUCCUGGCCUGGGGUCUUUUGCAUUGGAGCUGAGAAGCAGAGUAUCAAGAGGUAGAAUGUUCCUAUGCAACGUGUGGUGGGGUGGUAGUUUUUGAUUCUGGUGCUUCACAGAGCACUCGCCUUCUUUCCUUCAACAAAUAUCUAGCAUCUCACGAAGUCAAGGAGAAGAAUAUUUGGUAGCACGUCGUCUGAACAAAUUAUCAGGUUCAUAGUGGCAGUCAUCAAGUUGCAAGCCGCUGCAAAUUGUGCUGCAGAGAUAUAAAGGUGCUGGUGGUGCUGGGGCAAUGCCAGCUGCGGAGCGUGCAGCGAGCAGUGCUCUUGUCUACCAACCAGCAAACCUCAAUUUCACGAACGAGUUCCUGGCGGGCAAACACACUUCCACCGUCCAGUAUGUGCCACGAGGGAACAAGUGGGGGGGAGCACCAAGCGUUGGUCACACCGCACUCAUCAGGAAUAGGUGCAGACGACAUCAAACAAGUGCAAUCGCACUGUCUGUAGAAACCGUACAGGCCCCCUCAAUCAAUCAGUGCGUCUGUUAUGAUCUCCACUCAACUUUAGUUCCAUACUCAACUGCUUGGGAGUGGCAGAAAGCUCUCGUCUCCCAGCGGCACCUGGCGCGAUCAAAGGGCGAGGAGAUGGCAGAUGCGGUACUCAUUCUGCAACACCCGCCUGUAUUUACUCUUGGGACUCGCAGCUCGCUUGAAAAUCUGAAGUUUGACAAAGACCACCCCCCCUUUGAGCUCCACGUGACUGAGCGGGGCGGAGAAGUGACGUAUCACGGGCCAGGGCAGUUGGUCGUCUAUCCAAUUCUGGACCUGCGGAGGCAGCAGACGGAUCUGCACUGGUACCUCCGCUCUCUUGAGGAGGUGAUCAUCCUGGCUUUGCAAGACGUCUGUGGUAUCCAGGCCGGACGAGAACCAGGGUUGACAGGAGUAUGGGUUGGAGAGUCAAAAGUUGCGGCAAUUGGUGUGCGAGUCUCAAAGUGGGUGACAUACCAUGGCUUGGCUCUGAACGUCUCCAAUGAUCUUGAUCCCUUCAAAAGUAUCAUUCCUUGCGGAAUUUCUGAUAGGCCUGUUGGAUCUGUGAAAGAUCUGCUGCAAAAGGAUGCUACAAACAUAGGAAGAAGCUUGGUUCUAGAGUCGGACUCUGAGCUUCUAGAUGCCUUCAGCAGUUCUUUGAAAAUACAAUUAGCAAAGGUUUUCAACUUAGAUCUGCUUGAACGAACAACGCCGGAUUGUCUAAACGAGUUGAGCCAUCUAAUUCAUUAGACUGAAUGUCAUAUUUGAACAUGUGACAAUACUGUGACGCGUUCAAACGGAGCAUGAGUCCAAUAGCAAAGCAGCAAGUCGAGACGACCAUAUCGAUCAGUGCAG